UAGAUCACAAGAUAUAUGGGAAGGAAAUGUUAAUAUGAUUCUUAAUACGAGGAGAGAAGAUGGAAAUUUUUGGAAGCUCAUAGAGAAAUAUCCCAUCCAUCCACGAGUUCUUGAAGUAAUUAGGUUAUCUGGAUUAUAUGGUGUUUACAAAUCUAAUCGGCCUGCUAUUGACCGUAGUUUGAUCACUGCACUAGUUGAGCGUUGGCGUCCCGAAACUCACACUUUUCACUUUAGAACAGGCGAAGCAACAAUUACCUUGCAGGACGUAGAGGUGUUGUAUGGAUUACCUGUGAAUGGUGAUCCAGUACUUGGUAAUGAAAUGAUAAGGAUAUGAAACUAUGGUAUGCCUGUGAGGUGUUGUAAUCCUAAUUCACGUCCUCAAAAUCAACAAGGUUAUGUGCCUAAUUCGACGGCAUAUGAAACUAUGGUGCGGCAUAUUCAUUCGAUGGUUGAUGAAGCUAAAACACUUGGUGAUAAUCCAUCAUAUGAGGCCUUAUACAUGUUUAGAAAAAUGGUGCGAGAUCAAGGUUCUGAUUGUUUGAAAUAUGUCCAUGAGGCUGACAGGGUUCAUGUGUCAGCCGAUUAUAGAAGAGAUGUGGUACAACCUGUCCAGUUACAUCACCCAGUUCGUAGGCGAGGAAAAGGUGGUGUUGCAGGUAGGAGAGAACGUGCUGUUGAAAGAGCACAAACACAUGUUGAAAUAGAUCAGGCCACACAAAAUGUCCAAGAAGCCUUAGAAGAUGAUCAAGCAACAUCCAAUUAUAAUAUUGGUUCUAUUUCAGGAGGUUGCACUCAUGAAAUCACUCAGGCAUCAAAUAUGACAUAUCAACUGUCAGAAACAGAUAUCAUGCCAUACGUGACGCCACAGACUCUACAAAUAUCAAGUCAUCCAAGUCUUUCAUCACUUGACAAUGUCAUUGGUAAUUUUGAGAAUGUCCCAAAUUUUAACUCAUCGCCUGUGCCUCUGAUCAUUGAAACCUCUGAUGCCACUAAUAGUUUAGAGGACCCGAAUCAUGAUGUGGACGAUAAUGAUCCAAAGGAUGCAAGUGAAGGCCGUGAUACGACUAUUCAAAAUAGUGAACCAUCAAGGAGGGAGAAGCGUAAAAUUAAACUUAAGCCUUGUGGGACUGGUACUUUAACAUCUGACAUUUUUUAUUUAGUUUUACUCUCUUUUAGAAUAAUAUAACAUUUAUAUUUUCUUUACAGGCGGUCACUAUGCUAUCCAACAUGUCCAAAAACAGAGAGCCAAGAAUAAGUAAUGAAAAUUGAUGUUGCUGAAAUCUUUUGGUGUUGUUGAAAAUUGGAGCUGCUGAUAUAUUGUAUGUAUCUAUAGGUGAAUUUGCAAAGUUGAAUGAUGGAGCCAUUGAUGAAGAUAUGGAGCUUUGAUCUUGUGGCAUGGAGGGG